CAGGAGGCAGACACCGAGGGGGAGAUGCGCGAAGCACGAUCUCCCGGCUCCAAUACCCCCUAGAAGCUCCUUUGCACAAACCCACCAGGAUUUUGCUCUUCAUCCCCACGCCGGCUCUGGCCCAGUUACCGAAGCCGGGGUAGGAGGGAUGGCUGCUGCUUCUUGAAAAAUCCCAACUCUCACCCUGACACCCCUCACUACGACCCAGGGGGAGAACUUUUUACUCGGAUUUCUCGGAUACUAAGCCGGGUAAAAGUGGGGGGCAAUGCGAACAACGAGGGACUCGCUCCGAAACCCGGAAGGCCCUCGCGGGGCACGGAGAUCGGACCAGACGGGGUGCUCCCCCGGUUUUCCGAUGUGUUGCAAAUCUAAGCUUCUUUCUUGCUUUUUUCUUUUUAUAACAUCCCCCUUUGCUCCCCCCUCCCCGCUUUGGCUUCAGGGUUGCAAAAGCAAAGAGCAAUAAAAAAAAAAAAAAAACCCGCGCGCACACACAGACACACACCAGUGGCGACAGGAGAGAGUUGGAAAGACGCAGGAGAAAAGCAGGAGGCAGCGGGAAUGGAGCAAUGGGAGCGGGAAGCAGGCAGGUUCCCUCGCAAAUUCCCCUCCGGCCCCAAGCCGCCUCGCCGGCCCCGGCAGGGGAGCAAGAAGCCGGGCGAGCAGAUGGAGGAGUGGAGCUCGCUCUAGGCAGCGGGCUUGGCCGGAGAAUGGAGGAGCCGCCAAGCGACCGGCUGAUUGGAAGAGAAACGCAGAGCGAUGGAGGCGGGGGUAGGAGGACGAUUUCUCUGCGGGGACUGGCGGCGGCGUACACGCCCGGGUCGGGCGCUGCAGAGCUUGGCUGGCUUUCAACCCGCGCUCGCCGGCUCCAGCCCCGCGCGCCCCCACCCCCAGCCCUGCCGGCGGCUCCGCAGGGUGAGGUGGCUUUGACCCCGGGUUGCGGGGCCAGCGCGACCGAGGAGGUGGCUGGACAGCUGGAGGAUGAACGGAGAGGCCGACUGCCCCACAGACCUGGAAAUGGCCGCCCCCAAAGGCCAAGACCGCUGGUCCCAGGAAGAUAUGCUAACUUUGCUGGAAUGCAUGAAGAACAACCUUCCAUCCAAUGACAGCUCCAAGUUCAAAACCACUGAGUCACACAUGGACUGGGAAAAAGUAGCAUUUAAAGAUUUUUCUGGAGAUAUGUGCAAGCUCAAAUGGGUGGAGAUUUCUAAUGAGGUGAGGAAGUUCCGUACGUUGACAGAAUUGAUCCUUGAUGCUCAAGAACAUGUUAAAAAUCCUUAUAAAGGCAAAAAACUCAAGAAACACCCAGACUUCCCAAAGAAGCCCCUGACCCCUUAUUUUCGCUUCUUCAUGGAGAAGCGAGCCAAGUAUGCAAAACUCCACCCUGAGAUGAGCAACCUGGACCUGACCAAGAUUCUUUCCAAGAAAUACAAGGAGCUUCCUGAGAAGAAGAAGAUGAAAUAUAUUCAGGACUUCCAGAGGGAGAAACAGGAGUUCGAGCGAAACCUGGCCCGAUUCAGGGAGGAUCACCCCGACCUUAUCCAGAAUGCCAAGAAGUCGGACAUCCCUGAGAAGCCCAAAACCCCCCAGCAGCUGUGGUACACCCAUGAGAAGAAGGUGUAUCUCAAAGUGCGGCCAGAUGCCACUACGAAGGAGGUGAAGGACUCCCUGGGGAAGCAGUGGUCUCAGCUCUCGGACAAAAAGAGGCUGAAAUGGAUUCAUAAGGCCCUGGAGCAGCGGAAGAAGUACGAGGAGAUUAUGCGUGACUAUAUCCAGAAGCACCCUGAACUGAACAUCAGUGAGGAGGGCAUCACCAAAUCCACCCUUACCAAGGCUGAACGCCAGCUCAAGGACAAGUUUGAUGGGCGACCCACCAAGCCACCUCCGAACAGCUAUUCACUGUACUGCGCAGAGCUCAUGGCCAACAUGAAGGAUGUGCCCAGUACGGAGCGCAUGGUGCUAUGCAGCCAGCAGUGGAAGCUGCUGUCUCAGAAGGAGAAGGAUGCCUAUCACAAGAAGUGUGACCAGAAAAAGAAAGAUUACGAGGUGGAGAUGCUCCGUUUCCUUGAGAGCCUGCCCGAGGAGGAGCAGCAGCGGGUUCUGGGAGAGGAGAAGAUGUUGAACAUCAACAAGAAGCAGGCCACCAGCCCAGCUUCCAAGAAGCCCACCCAGGAAGGCGGGAAGGGCGGCUCAGAGAAGCCUAAACGGCCAGUGUCCGCCAUGUUCAUCUUCUCUGAGGAGAAGCGGCGGCAGCUGCAGGAGGAGAGGCCAGAGCUCUCUGAGAGUGAGCUGACCCGCCUGCUGGCCCGCAUGUGGAACGACUUGUCAGAGAAGAAGAAGGCCAAGUACAAGGCCAGGGAGGCAGCGCUGAAGGCACAGUCUGAGAGGAAGCCAGGCGCCGAGCGUGAGGAACGGGGCAAGCUGCCAGAGUCACCCAAGAGAGCUGAGGAGAUCUGGCAACAGAGCGUCAUCGGCGAUUACCUGGCCCGCUUCAAGAACGAUAGGGUAAAGGCCUUGAAAGCCAUGGAGAUGACCUGGAACAACAUGGAGAAGAAGGAGAAACUAAUGUGGAUUAAGAAGGCCGCUGAAGACCAAAAGCGAUAUGAGAGAGAGCUGAGUGAGAUGCGGGCACCUCCAGCUGCUACGAAUUCUUCCAAGAAGAUGAAGUUCCAGGGAGAACCCAAGAAGCCUCCCAUGAAUGGUUACCAGAAGUUCUCCCAGGAGCUACUGUCCAAUGGAGAGUUGAACCACCUGCCACUGAAAGAGCGCAUGGUGGAAAUAGGCAGCCGCUGGCAGCGCAUUUCCCAGAGCCAGAAGGAGCACUACAAAAAGCUGGCCGAGGAGCAGCAGAAGCAGUACAGGGUGCACCUGGACCUCUGGGUCAAGAGUCUGUCUCCCCAGGACCGUGCAGCAUAUAAAGAAUACAUCUCCAAUAAACGUAAGAGCAUGACCAAGCUGCGAGGCCCAAACCCCAAGUCCAGCCGGACCACCCUGCAGUCCAAGUCGGAAUCUGAGGAUGAUGAUGAAGAGGAUGAGGAUGAUGAGGAUGAAGAUGAAGAAGAGGAAGAUGAUGAGAAUGGGGAUUCCUCUGAGGAUGGUGGGGACUCCUCCGGAUCCAGCAGUGAAGAUGAGAGCGAGGAUGGGGAUGAGAACGAGGAGGAUGAUGAGGAUGAAGAUGAUGAUGAGGAUGACGACGAGGAUGAAGACAAUGAGUCUGAGGGCAGCAGCUCCAGCUCCUCCUCCUCAGGGGACUCCUCAGACUCUGACUCCAACUGAGGCUCACCCCCCGGGGCAGCCAGGGAGAGCUUUAGAGCUCCCCUCCCCAACUGACCACCUUUGUCUCUCCCCCAUGUUCUGUCCCCUACCCCCGGCCUCCCCCACUUUCUGUCUUUCUUUUUCUUUUUUUUUCUUUUUUAAACAAAAUAUGGUGGGGGUAGGGGACUGGAGGAGCCCAGGCCAGGACUCUGUAGCCUUGGAGCAAUCAGCCCUGGGGGUCCUCCAGGGAGAGCAACCAUCAGACUGAGCCAGCACUGGACCAGACCGGCCCACCCCACCCCUCUUCUGCACUUGCGGUUCUGGCAUGGACAAUGGACCAGGGGUGGGGAGUCCCAAAGAGUUCAGUGAGGCCCUCCACACCUGCAACCCAAACCAAGGUGGGGUGGAAGCUUGGGGAGGACUCCUUCCUUCCCAGAGGGGCUCACCACCUGGACCCCUGCAUUGGAACUGGAGGCAGGGAAACUGUUGGGAGAGGCGGGCGGGUGCCUUUGAGAAAACAGGCACUGCCCUGAUGGUCCUCUCCCCUGCCCCUGCAGAAAGGAGCUGCCUGGACCCACUCAUGGGGGAGGGGCAGAAGUGUUUUUUAUAUAUGUGUAUAUAUUUUUUUUUUAAGCUCUGAGCUGUCAACGAGACGUUUCCUACCGAUCCCGGCUGCCGUCUCUGUUGUCAUUUCUGGGAGAGGGAGGGUUUAGGGGGUAGAUUUGGAACUUUUUUUAAAUGGUCUUGAUGUGUGUGGGAGAGAGAGUGAGUGAGUGUGUGUGUGUGUGUGUGUGUGUGUACGUGUGCACGUGUGCACGCGCACACGCUGUAUAUAGCAUGAGUGCACCUGUGGGUGUGUUUGAGUGCGUGUAGAAGAGAGAAGGGGUCUGUCCUGGAGCCCACCUCAGUUUUUGUGAAUCUGGAAAAGGGUUGGUGAGGGCCAGGGAGAUGAUGAUCCCAGUGGGAACAGGCUGAGGCUGCCCUUCUCUGCAUGUCUCCACUUUGCCUGGUCUCUGGUUCUAUUUGGGGAGGGCACUGAAGCCACUCUUGAUGCUUCCUAUACAGUUUCCCUGUGCCAGGGUCAUGUGCAUCUGAGCUGCUGCUGGUCCCUACUGUCCAGCAGGAAGUCGGGAAGGGGCAGACAAUGGUGUGAACCUUAAAGCUUUUCUUUGGUGGAAAAGGCCUUCUGGCUCAUGUGAGGGGCCAGCCUGGCCACUCUGGGCUCAGAAUCUGGGCAUCAGGAAGUGUGUUGAGCUCUUAUGUACACAUCCCUAACUGCCUUCCCCCAUGUCCUCUGGCCACCCCAUUUCCUUUGAUUUCUCAGGUCUGCUCCCCCUCUUCCUUUCCCCUCAACCUUAUAGUUGGGAAAGGGGCUACAGAAGCUGCUUUCUGCAGCUGUCCCUUUAACCCUUGCCAGCCAUCCCAAGUUUUUUGGUACCCUGAUUCCUUGACUCUUAAUAAGCCAAGCCACCUUAUCUGUGGAUUUAAUUUUUGUUGUUGGCAGUUUUUACUAAAUUGGUUUAAAAAAAUUUUUUUUUUAAACAAUCAUGUCAGUGACCUAUUUAAUCGGGGCUUUGUGCUUCCCACCUUCCCCUCUGAAUGAAAGCCAGGAAUGGGGGAAGUGGGACCUCUGCCAAGGUGGUGGGGCAGAAAAGGUAAAGGGCCCCACCCCAGAUAGGCUGUGGGUCUCUCAACUGAAAGCAGAGACAAUCUGCUUUGCCUGGACCCUGGUGCUUGGAUGGGGAGGCCUAGGGAGGGACACUCCCCACUCCCACUCCCCUUCCUUUAUCCUGACCCAGGAAUUAAGUACAGGAGUUUAUAGGUUAUUUCUUCCUAAGAACCCCUGCAAAGACCCCCCCACCCAACGUCCUUUAUCUGAAUGCCCCUGCACUAUUAUGUUUUAGUGGAAUGUGUUUUCAUUUAAAAAUAACUUUGAACAGGACACUUUUCCUGUUUUAAAAAUUGAAAAAUUCUUACAGUACAGACAGGGCCAUGGGGGUGGGGGUGUUGGUGCUGUAAGAGGUCGCUCUGAGUGCAUUUUGGCACUGGGACGGGAUGGCUGGGGUGGGAAGACCCCCAUUCCCCCACCUUUUUUUUCUAAUAUUUAAGGAGUGUUUUGUAGGUUUCAACAACAACCACACUUGAAUUUGUAUUAUGGGAGGUGGGAGGGAAUGGCUUAGAGGUGUCUGCCUAAGCUUAAGGCCAACUGUGGAAGUUUUGUUUUCCCUUUUUUUUGUACAAUAAAGUGAAAAACAAAGGUC